AUGGAACAAUACGAUUUAUUUACGAACUGUAAAAAAAACUACGAUAAAGCCCUUUUAAUUCAAUUUGACGCCAACGUCAAUGUCAAUACCUUGUCAAAUUUAUCGACAACCUCAGUACAAGAUAUGGGAGUUUUGUCGGCCAAUAUGGACUUCAC